AUGUCAAACAAUACAGAUAGUAAAUGGCGAAGUAUAUUUUCAUGCUGUAUGCGAAAGAAAAAGAAGAAAAUGGAGAGGACAGAUAAGCUUGAAGAAAAGGCAACGCAGAUCGAUAUGCAAGACGUUAAGCUAUCGGAUGAACGAGUUGAAUCAGCAUCAAGUACAGCGACGCCCAAGCAACAGCUAUCAAAUCAGAAGAAAAAGCGUACUACUCCUCGAAAAGCUGCAGAAAUGCCUAGAGCGAAAAGCCCUUUUAAUGAGAACCUCAAGACAGCAGAGGACAAUGUAUAUGUAGUCCCAACAGCUCAAAUAGGGAAGAAAAGGAUGAAACCAGGCAAAAAGAAAACAGAUGUUGGUAAAAAGAAAUCCGCAUCGGUUAAAAAGGAUGAUGACUCCGGAUCCGAUUGCAUCGACUACUGGCUGGUUGUGCUGGAUCCUCCAGACGAAGCGACCCAGGACCAGCUUGUUCUGGACAGAACCGCAGACGCUCCAUUUGGUACUUUACCUACCCCAGCCGACUACUCAACUUUACCUCCAGGAGUUCGAGCUGGUUUGAACCUUGCCGGUCGUACUUCCGGAAGCAGAGAUGGAUCCUGGGAGAGGGACAGAGGAAGCAGAGGAAGCUCAGCUUCUGCAGAGCACGAUGAUAACAAGCGAAGAUCUGGCGAGAAGGAAAGAGGCAGUGCAGCUUCCGCAGAACAGGACGAGUUCAGAAGAGGAUCGAAAUCUCUACCAAGUGGCUCACGACUAUCUCUCAAGCCCGGUGGAGCAGCUCCACGUCGAAUCGCAACAGCCAGAGAUCGCACUUCUGAUAAGACUGCUAAGCUGCAAAGAUUCGUUAGCCCAAUGCGGACUUCGACAUCAUCAUCGCAAGGAUUGGGAACAGCUCGAGGACCACCCACAGCCGCAGCAACACAGAAAUCUAAGCCACUUUCACGGCCUAGUCCGAUGACGAAGGGAGCAAGCCCAGUGAAACCAUGGCCAGUAGACGUGUCCAUGUCGGUGGCUCAGCACCAGCACGGAGAAAACGCUCGUCAUAGCGGAUAUGCAAUGCCAGUGCAAGAAUAUCCAGCUUACGAUGGCGGAUACAGACGCAAAUCAAGCAGCUACCCGGACGAACGUGUUGCUGGAAAUCAAACAAACUUGGCCCAAAAAAUGCGUCUGUUUUUGUUGCUGCUAUUCAUUCUCUCAGUCACCUUUGCGAGUGUGUUAUCGCAAAAGCAGAGACCAGUGAUCUCAAAGCAUAAGGUGCUGCGACAUAUGAAGAAGGUAGCCAACGAGCAGCAUAAUCGUGCUGCUUCCUGCGAUAUCUGCACUCUGAUGAUCGACAGUGUCAACCACAUGAUUCAACAGAACAAAACCGAUACGGAAAUAGCAAAUUUCCUUACAGUUCUUUGUGAUGAUUUGAACAUCGAACAACCACACGUCUGCAAACAUAUAAUUCAAGCAUUUACGUCGGAAGUGGUAUUUGUUCUCGAAAGAACUGUUUUUACUCCUGCCGAGUUUUGCGGGGCGUUCAUUAGUGACUGCGGGACAUCCGAAAACCCAAUGAAUGUUAUGUGGAAUAUCACGAUCCCUGGCGGAAAGCCACCAGUCAAGAAAUGGCCAAAGAUUCCGGACAACAAACCAACUUAUAAAAUACUGCAUUUGACGGAUAUUCACAUCGACAGACAGUAUGCGGUCGGUUCAGAAGCCUACUGCCAACUCGACGAUGUUUUGGGAACUUAUGCGAUGUGCUGUAGGAAUUACGCCAACGAUGUUUCUGUCUCCAGGACUAAAGCCAAGAAAGUAUUCAUGCCUUCUGGACCUUGGGGAAUGCCAUUCGCCUGCGAUCUGCCUUAUCAGACUUUCGAAGCCGCGCUGAAGCAUAUCAGCACUGCCCAUAAAGAUCUAGAUUAUAUCCUCAUCACUGGAGACUUUGAAGCACAUGAUUCCUGGGAUUACACUAAAGAUCUAACUCGCGAAAACAUCGAAAACGUGACCAACGUACUUCUCAGAUACUUCCCAGAAACUCCCGUAUAUGUCUCGAUAGGAAACCAUGAAGGAGUACCUCAAGACGCGAUGGCUCCCCAUACCAUGCCAGAAUACGAUCAACGAGGUCCGCAAUGGCUUUACAGUAUAAUGAAGAAGAUGUGGGCAAACUGGUUGCCGCAGUCAGCCUUGGCGGAUGUCCAAUACCGCGCCAGCUACGCUGUUUACCCGAAACCAGGUUUGAAACUGAUUUCCAUCAACACCAUUUACUGCUCAGAAGUGAACUUUUACUUAUACAUCAAUCAAGUAGAUCCCGAUGCAACACUGCAAUGGCUGAUCGACGAACUUAUCGACUCCGAGAAAAAGGGAGACAAGGUUCAUAUUAUAUCGCAUAUACCACCAGGUGAUCACUACUGCUUGAAAGGAUGGUCCUUCAAUUUCUUCAAAAUUGUAAAAAGAUUUGAAAAUACCAUCGCUCAACAAUUUUAUGGUCACACUCAUAAUGACCACUUCCAGGUCUACUAUGAUCCCGAUGACAAUAUGAGACCAUUCCAUUUCAACUGGAUCACGCCGUCUCUCACCACCUACGACUUCAAUAAUCCAUCAUACAGAAUAUUCACUAUCGACGGAGGAUAUGAAGGAGCGACCUAUGCAAUCAAAGAUGCUGAGACGUACUACGGUAACGUUACCGAGGCAAAUCUCAACAAUAAGCCCCCGGUCUGGCGAUUGGAGUAUAAUACACGGGAGUUCUACAACAUGACCGACUUUUCUCCUCAAUCAUGGUCCGACCUAAGCGACCGAUUGUGGAAGGAUAAACUUCUAUUUAAGCACUACAUGAAGUUCUACUAUCGCAACGACUUCAAUAAUGAAUGUUAUUCUGACGACACAUGCAGAAGAUCGCAUGUUUGCUUUCUCAAAGAAGCCAGGAGUUAUGAUCAGAGUUUUUGCGCCUCAUUGAAGUAGAAUGUAAAGGUUUAUAAAGAAUUCCUAUCAUCA